AUGUGCUAUGAUAAGGAUCAACCACUUAUCAGUAAUAUGUGCUAUGAUAAGGAUCAACCACUUAUCACUAAUAUGUGCUAUGAUAAGGAUCAACCAUUUAUCAGUGAUAUGUGCUAUGACAGGGAUCAACCACUUAUCACUAAUAUGUGCUAUGAUAAGGAUCAACCAUUUAUCACUAAUAUGUGCUGUGAUAAGGAUCAACCACUUAUCAGUGAUAUGUGCUAUGACAGGGAUCAACCACUUAUCACUAAUAUGUGCUAUGAUAAGGAUCAACCACUUAUCACUAAUAUGUGCUAUGAUAAGGAUCAACCAUUUAUCAGUGAUAUGUGCUAUGACAAGGAUCAACCACUUAUCACUAAUAUGUGCUAUGAUAAGGAUCAACCAUUUAUCAGGAAUAUGUGCUGUGAUAAGGAUCAACCACUUAUCAGUGAUAUGUGCUAUGACAGGGAUCAAUCACUUAUCACUAAUAUGUGCUAUGAUAAGGAUCAACCACUUAUCACUAAUAUGUGCUAUGAUAAGGAUCAACCACUUAUCACUAAUAUGUGCUAUGAUAAGGAUCAACCACUUAUCAGUGAUAUGUGCUAUGACAGGGAUCAACCACUUAUCACUAAUAUGUGCUAUGAUAAGGAUCAAUCACUUAUCACUAAUAUGUGCUAUGAUAAGGAUCAACCACUUAUCACUAAUAUGUGCUAUGAUAAGGAUCAACCACUUAUCACUAAUAUGUGCUGUGAUAAGGAUCAACCACUCAUCACUAAUAUGUGCUAUGAUAAGGAUCAAUCACUUAUCAGUAAUAUGUGCUAUGAUAAAUUUAAAUAA